AUGCCCUCUCAUGGCCCCAUCAUGCCCUCUCAUGGCCCCAUCAUGCCCUCUCAUGGCCCCAUCAUGCCCUCUCAUGGCCCCAUCAUGCCCUCUCAUGGCCCCAUCAUGCCUUCUCAUGGCCCCAUCAUGCCCUCUCAUGGCCCCAUCAUGCCCUCUCAUGGCCCCAUCAUGCCCUCUCAUGGCCCCAUCAUGCCCUCUCAUGGCCCCAUCAUGCCCUCUCAUGGCCCCAUCAUGCCCUCUCAUGGCCCCAUCAUGCCCUCUCAUGGCCCCAUCAUGCCCUCUCAUGGCCCCAUCAUGCCCUCUCAUGGCCCCAUCAUGCCCUCUCAUGGCCCCAUCAUGCCCUCUCAUGGCCCCAUCUCUCCCCACCCUCCAGGUCCCAAUGACAGGCGUGGUGGUGGAUGCAGGCUUUGCUUCAGCCUCUGUCGUGCCGGUGGUGGAGGGCUAUGUGUUGGGGGCAGAUCUCGCUCCAUGCCCAUGGGCGGCGCCCACUCCACGGCCUUGGUGCAACAGCUCAUGCGGGUAAAGCCUUGCUCUCUACCCUUUCAUCUCAUCUGCAACUCUCUCUGCUCUGCUGGUAGAGGGCUACGUGUUGGCAGGCAGCUCCCGACCCGUGCCGGUUGGGGCCGCGCACUCCACUCCACGGCCUUGGUGCAAGAGCUGAUGCGGGUACAUAACGCUGGUGGUGCAGCAACUCAACCAGUGAUAGAGGACUCAACCAGUAGUAGAGGGCUAUGUGUUGGGGGCAGCUCUCGCUCCAUGCCAGUGGGGGGCGCCCACUCCACGGCCUUGGUGCAACAGCUCAUGUGGGACCGAGGGGAGCCGGUACCAGCAGAGGAGGCGAUUGAAGUGGCGAGAAAAGUGAAGGAGACUUAUGGAUACACAUGCUCCGACCUAGUCAAGGAGUUCACCAAGCAUGACAGGGAGCCUUAUAAGUACCGCAAGGUCUGGACCGCCACCAGCGUGCGCACCAACACGCCCUACCACCGUGACGUCGGGCACGAGCGGUUUCUGGCUGCUGAGGUCUUCUUCUCACCGGAGAUUGCAGUGAGCAACGUGGGCACGUCACUGGCGGAGCUGGUGGAUGCAGCUGUGCAGACUGCCGCCAUCGACACACGCCGCUCGCUCUACAAGGUGAGGGUUGUGUGGGUGUGUGAUCCAAGGGGUGCUUCCUCUGCACUCACUGGCGUCGCAGUGCCCUCUCUAUCCCCCGCCUGUGCAGACCGCUGCCAUCGACACACGCCGCUCGUUCUACAAGAACACCGUUUCUCUCCCUUUCCUUUCUCUCCCUUUCCUUCCUCUCCCUUUUCUUUCUCUCCCUUUCCUCUCAGGCACGUCCACCCUCUUCAAGGACUUUGGGCAGCAGUAAUUGCUUCUUCUCACCCUUGCCGUACUCGCGUCAUACCCGUGCCCCCAUGUAUCCCACAGAACAUUGUGCUCUCAGGCGGCUCCACCCUCUUCAAGGACUUUGGGCGGCGGUUGCAGCGAGACGUGAAGAAAGCUCUCGAGGCCCGCAUGGCUGGGUCUAGCGAGCGAGACGUGAAGGGAGCUGUUGAGGCCUGGAUGCCUGGAUCUGCUUCUAUUGAGCCCAACGCAUCCGACAUAGAGGUCACGGUGGUGUGCCACCAUCUGCAGGAGCACGCUGUGCGGUUUGGUCAGCAGCUCACUUAUCAGCCUUUUCUAUCAUCUAUUCCCCUCAUGCCCCGUCACUUCCCCCCCCAUUCCGUACAGCCCAAGGCAUCGGACGUAGAGGUGGCAGUGGUGUCUCACCAUCUGCAGGAGCCUGCCGUGUGGUUUGGGGGCUCUGUUGUCGCCUCCUCCCCGGGUUUCCAAGGGGUGUGCACCACGCGAGCUGCUUACUUGGAGCACGGGCCUAGUCAUGGGAGAAUGCAAAAUGCAAAAGGCUCACGGCUGAGCCCCUAUGGAGAUCUCUCCUAUCCCAAUUGCCAAAUCCUCCGUCCCUUCCCUUUCUCCUUGUCCCUCGUCGCCCACUCGUCCAGCCUGGCGAAGGAGAUUUACUUUGUGCAGAACGCAGAGGGGUCAGGGCUGAGCCCCUUUGGAGGUCUCUACCUACCCCUGUCACCCUCCCUUCCAUGCCUCCUUUCCGUCCAACCCCCCCCCCUCCCCCCCUCCUAG